AUGGCGCCUAAGGCAUUAUAUGGGCAUAGGUGUCGCACUCCUUUAUGUUGGACUGAGUUGGGUGAGCAUCAUGUUCUGGGUCCUGAACUGGUUUCUGAUACAGUAGAUAAGGUCAGGUUGAUUCGAGAUCAACUGAAAGAGGUAUCUGAUAAACAAAAGUCGUAUACAGAUCUGAAGCACCGAGAGAUAGAGUAUUCUGUGAGGGACUUCGUGUUCCUCAAGACGAGUGGGGCCAGUUGCCAACCAGUUAGAGCUUCAUCUAUAAUUGGAGCAGAUUCACAAUGUUUUCAUGUUUCGAUGUUGAGGAGCGACAACUCUGAUCCCAUGUAUGUUAUUUCUAUUGAGGAGAUCGAGGUUAGGCCAAAUCUGACUUUUAAGGAGGAGUCAGUCCAAAUAUUGGACCACGAUGUUGAAAUUUUGAGAAGAAAGUCCAUCCCACUGGUUAAAGUUCUUUGGCGUAAUCAUAGUUCUGAGGAGGCCACGUGA